AUGUCAUCCCCAACCAUCUACCUCAUCACCGGGGCCAGCAGAGGAAUCGGCCUCUCCCUCACCCAAACCCUCCUCCUCCGCCCAAACACCACCGUAAUCGCCACUAUGCGCAACCCCACCACCAACUCUCUCUAUACUAACCCCCCACCAACAUCCCCCACCUCAACCCUCAUCCUCCUCCCCCUCGACAUCCAAUCCACCACCUCAAUCACCAACGCCAUCGAAACUCUCAAAGCAACCCACAACAUCACGCACAUCGACACCGUGAUCUCCAACGCAGGCUACUACAACGACGCCACCCACCGCGUCGACAACAUCCCUCUCGACACCGUGCAAUUGCACUUCGAUGUGAACGCACUUGGCGUGAUUCGUCUCUUUCAAGGAGUAUACGACAUGCUGAAGAAGAGCACGAAGCCGGUGUUCGUCACUGUUAGUAGCUUUCUAGGGAGUAUCGGCGGUCUCGAAGAGGAAUUCUUUCCCGGCGCAGCGUAUGGCGUUAGUAAGGCUGCCGGGAAUUGGGUGACGAGGAAGAUGCAUGUUGAGAAUGAGGGGAUGGUUUGUUUUAUGGUGCAUCCAGGGUUCGUUAAGACUGAGAUGGGUGAUGCGUGUGCGAAGAGUAUCGGGUUGGAGGAGGCUUUUACGGAGCCGAGGGAGUGUGCGGAGGCUUUGGUGAAGUUGAUUGAAAGCGCCACGAGAGAAACAGUCGGAGGCCGGUUCAUCAGCUGGAAGGGUGAAGAGGUUCCUUUCUGAUUGGUAGAUAUAUGCAAAGCUGCUAUAGUACCGCCUGUUGCGCUUCU